AUGAAGCGAGUAACUGACACCAAUCAACGCACAAUGAAGCGAGUAACUGACCCGCUCGACGAUCGGGUCAAGGCUCAGAUCGUCUCCCACAGAGCUCAGGUAGCAGAAGAUGAUGAUGAUCUUUCUUCCUCAAGCUUUUCUGAAAUUCUUUUCGACUUCCCGGAGCACGAGGCCGGAGAUUAUUCCGGUUCCGAUAGCGACCUGCCGCCGUGCAACUCCGAUGGCGAGCUUGAGGAUGAAGUUGAGACGAUAAACUGCGGCGAGGACUCGUUCCGGAAUGUUCUCGCGUCUCGCGUUUCGGAGGCGGUGGAAUUGCUUUCGUCGUGUUUGAAUUCGAGUAAGUCGCCGGAGAUUCUCCGGCGCCACGUCAUGGCUUAUCUUAGGGAUUUUGGUUACAAUGCGGGCGUUUGCAAGGCCAAAUGGGAGAGAAGCGACGGGAUCACCGCCGGAGACCACGAGUUCAUAGACGUUCUCCGAUCCGACUCCCAAAAUAGGAUCCAACGGUACAUCGUCGAUCUGGAAUUCUCCUCCGAGUUCGAGAUCGCUCGGCCGACGAAUCAUUUUCAGUAUUUGAUUCGAUCGUUGCCAAAAGUUUUUGUAGGGAAGAGCGAAGAGCUGAAGAAGAUCGUGAAAGUGAUGAGCAAAGCGGCGAAGCGAUCUUUUAAGAGCAGAGGCCUACACCUUCCGCCCUGGAGAAAACAGCGUUUCAUGGAGAACAAGUGGUUUGGUUCCUAUAGACGGAGCACAAAUUUCCGGCCGGCCUCCAUGGAAUUGCUGGCUCCUUUAGACCAAGCUUUAGCCGUCAAGUGCCGGUCCGUUGGCUUCGACGAUGCGGUCAACCGCCGGUUACUGUUUCCCGUCGUAACCCGAACAAGAUGA